UAUUUUGAAGAUUGAUAAAAGUUUCAACAGGAAGUCACUUUACCGCAGCGAAAUCCAAAGUGUUUGAACAGUUUCGUGCUUUUUAUUUGUAGGGUACAGAUUAUUGACAGGAGUUUUGAAUGGAUCUGCCCUGUCCAGAGUGGGUUCGACAUGUCGAGCAGAAAUGGACGGAACUGAAAACUGAAGAAACUGAGCGCUUCUGCCUUCUGACAGAUAUAGAUGCCAUAUUCAACGAUGGGCUGUCAUUAAUAUGCCCAGAAGAUCUCAACACUUUAUCCAGAACCUCUGAGAAGUACUCCGUAAAAAAGUCUCCUGAGAGGGCAUCCGAAUUUAGACAACAGGGUAACCUCAGCUUCAAAGUCAAGGAUUAUACAACUGCAGCUCUGUAUUAUUCCAGGGGUGUUUGCCAUGCUGACAAGAAUACAGAAGAGCUAUCAUUGUGCUAUGCUAACCGUUCUGCUGCCCUCUUUUACCAAGGCCUCUACAGAGAAUGUCUUGAGGACAUCCGGCGCUCUCUGGAGGCCGGUUACCCAAGCCAUCUGCAGGAUAAACUGAGAGUUAGACAGACCGCAUGCCUGUACCAGCUUACAAAAAUAGAAAAAUCCAACCAGCCAACCACAAAUCAUCCAACAUCACCAUGGCAGAAAAGCAGAAACACUAAGACUUGUAUUUCACCUGGUGUGUCUUUUUACUUCAGCCCAGAGAAAGGUCGCCACAUAUUAACAACGGAAAAUAAACCAGCUGGUGAGGUCGUUCUGGAGGACGAGGCUUUCUGCUGCGUACUUAUACCAGGAAAAAAACUCAAUACAAUUAUCAAUAAGGCAGAAAAGACAUUUAAUACUGAAGAGCGACACUGUCACCACUGCCUGAGCCAAUCACUGAGCUUUGUGCCCUGUCCAAAUUGUAGUUACGUUCGAUAUUGUGGAGAGAGCUGUCAAAAAGAUGCUUGGGAGCGCUGGCACCAGUGGGAGUGCCCAAUUGGAGCAGAUCUGCUGGCCAUUGGGGUUUUAGGUCAUCUUGCACUAAGAGUGUCCCUGAAAGCAGGACAAAACCAGGUUAAAAGGGUGAAAAAAAGCACUUUACAAGAAGACCAUGUGACAUGUAGCUCUUAUAAAAGUGAUUUGCCAGUCAAGUUGAAUCUUGGAGAUCCCUGUAGAGAAAGUUCAGACCACACAGACUGCUAUCAUGGCAACUCGUACACCGGCAUCUACAGCCUUUUACCACAUGUGUCACAUCACUCACCCUGCUCACGCUUUUUACUGGCAGUCACCAUGGCGGUGCUUUAUAUGAGACUGCAACGUGGCCCCCCACCAGACUUGUGGGCAUCUUGUAAGGAUGAAGGAGAAAGUGGAACAUGGCAGCCUGAGAUGAGCAUGCUGGGAGCCACCGCUCUGAGACACAUGAUGCAGCUCAGAUGUAAUGCUCAAGCAGUCACUGCUGUUAUGGUCAAAGAAGAAAGUGGCAUGGCUGUUCAGUCCAGUAGUGAAAUCCGCAUUGCUACAGCAAUUUUUCCUGUUCUCAGCCUGCUUAACCACUCCUGCAGUCCGAACACAAGCAUCUCUUUCAACACAGGCUGUCAAACUGAUGUGCUCAGUCAGUUUGGAUGUUCUGAAGGUCACACUGACCAUCCCAAGACCUCUCAAAGUGGUGUGACAGUCACUGUACGUGCUUCAAAAGAUUUUAUUCCAGGAGAGGAGAUUCUGCACUGUUAUGGUCCUCACUGUAGCAGAAUGGAGGUGAAGGAGCGUCAGCACCUCCUGCUGGAGCAGUACUAUUUCCUCUGUAACUGUCAAGCCUGUCAGAGAGACCUAACAGAAGGAGGCCAGAAUGCAAAAGAAAACGCAGCACCAGGGCUGAAGUGUUUGAAAUGUGGAAAUUCUCUUCGGUCCCAUAUGGAUAAGUACAUGUGCUCUGGGCCGUUGUGUGGUCAUCAGAUCUCCAGUGCUGAUGUGCAAAACAAACUAAAGGGUUUACAGUGUCUCUUGGAUGAAGCCUUUCAUCUGAUUGAGCGAGACAGAUUUGACGAGGCCCUAAAAAUCCUAAUAUCAGAUACUUCUCAGACAAAUAGCAUCCUAACAGAGACUCACCCUCUCCAAGGAGAGCUAGCAGAUGCAACAGCUCGUGUGUAUGCCACCAAAGGUGAAUGGAAACUGGCUGCAUCCAAUCUAAAGCGUAGCAUUGUUGCCAUUCAGGCUCAAUUUGGAGAGGACAGCAUUGAGCUGGGACAACAGCUUUUUAAACUAGCACAGCUGCAUUUUAAUGGCGGAGACUGUGGGGAGGCUCUCUCUGUGAUUCCCAGGGCCCAUAAGCUCCUCUCUCUCCACUGUGGCCCUCACUGUGAAGAACUACAGGAACUGCAGGAAAUGGAGUGCUGUCUGCAAGGACUGCUGUGAAAUAACAGCUAAAAGCUGAAUUGUAAUUUAAUCAAACGUUAUAAAUUCAACACCUGUUUUAUAGAUGUACUGUAUGUGCAAUAGUAUUAAAAGUCAUGAAUUAACAAUGUGA